UGACGUCACACCCCCUCCCCUCCGUAAAUCAAACAUGGCGGCGCCCAUCAGCGUGUCUAUGUGACAGGACAAAGCUUUACUUCUCCGAUUGUUGGCAUCGUUCACAGUCAGACUCGUGUGAACUGGUUUCUUUGUAGAUAGUGAGCAUCUUUUUAUGAAACAUGAACCUUAAUAUCCCAAGAUUUUGUCAAAGACUAUGUCUAACUCUGUCACAGACACGUCCACUUCACAUUAGUGGUAAUGGCAAGCAGCUGGAUAAGACUGCAGUGGCUGUCGACUGUGAUGGGUCGCAUCGUGUCUCUAUUUUCAGGACUUCAGAGAAUGAUCCGACAUGCCAUACUGGGCAACAUGCUGGUCAGUACUACACCAUUCCCCCUGCACAUGUACGCACACUGUUUCCCCAUGGAUUGCCCGCACGCUUUCAGAUGCAGCUAAAGACAUUUAAUGAAGCCUGCAUUAUGGUGAGGGAGCCAUCGCUGGAGCUCCUCUCUUAUUUGAAAAAAGCUGACUAUAGCAAACCUGCUCUGCGCUACCUUCUCUAUGGAGAGAAGGGCUGUGGGAAGACCAUGUCUCUGUGUCACGCACUGCAUUUCUGUUACACACAAGGCUGGUUGAUUCUACACAUACCAGAUGCUCAUUUGUGGGUUAAAAACUGCAAGGAGCUGCUUCCCUCAUCAUCCCGCCCAGGUCGCUUUGAUCAGCCAAUCCAGGCUUCUCAGUGGUUGAAAAACUUUAAAUUUACGAAUGAGCAUUUUCUAUCGAAGAUAAAAACGACAAAGCGGUAUGUGUGGACAAAGAGAGAGAGCACAGAGGAAGGACGGACUUUAGCAGAACUGAUUAAUCAGGGUGUAUCUCGUGUGAAGAGCAGCAGUGAUGUGGUGGGGGCGUUACUGCGUGAGCUGAAGCUGCAGGUUGGAACCGCUACAGAUGGAGCUUUUAGACUGGCUGUGGCUGUGGAUGGAGUCAAUGCUCUGUGGGGCAGAACAACUCUAAAGAAAGAGGACAAGAGUGAGGUUUCUGCAGACGAGCUAACACUUGUACACAACUUGAAAAAAAUGCUGAGGAAUGACUGGAGUGGAGGAGCCAUUCUCACAACACUGUCUCAGACAGGGUCUCUGUACAUGCCUCGCUCUGCUUACCUUCCUUCCGAGCUGCUGGGAGAGGUGGGAUUUGAUAAGCUGGAUCCACUUGUGCCAAUUCCAGUUUCGAACUACAACGAUCAGGAGUUUGAGAGCUGUUAUCUCUAUUAUAUGGACCGUAACUGGCUGCAGCACCCACACAGUCAAACAGAAGAGGGAAAGAAAGAACUCAUUUUUCUUAGCAACAAAAAUCCGUCCAUCUUCGAAAGACUGUGUGCCUUCCUGUAAUAAAUGUUACCUCCUUGUCACAUUCUUUCUCCCCCUCCCUCUGUCUGUGUAAAAUGAUCCAUGAUACAGUUCACAUAUGCCACUGAUGUCUUUAAUAAUAAAAAGCCUUUGAGGAAAAA